CCUAGAAGAGAUAAACCAACUGGACAGUUGGAAAGAGCUCUGAGAAAAAGGCUACUCCGGAUUUUGAAAGAACCAGCCGCAGCCAUUUCUUCUGGCAGGACAAGAUCGUGAAGUAAAAAAUGUCAGGGGCUUUAGAUCUUGCUCGGAGCAUGGGAGGGUCGAUUGACAAGGACCAAGUCAAAUCGGCCGUUGACCAGUACUUGAAGUACCACGACCUACACGGAGGUGAACAAGAAUCAAGGAAAUCAAAUUACACUGAUUUGGUGAAUAAGUACUAUGAUCUUGCCACUGGCUUCUACGAAUAUGUAUGGGGUGACUCAAUCCAUUUUGCUGGCAGAUAUCCAGGUGAUACUUUCCGUGAAGGCAUUAAGCGGCAUCAACAUUUUAUGGCACUACAAUUGGGGCUCAAGAAGGGCAUGAAGGUCUUGGAUGUGGGAUGUGGAAUUGGGGGACCCUUAAUAGAAAUUGCCAGAUUCAGCUCAGCACUGAUAACUGGAUUGAACUACAACGACUACCAGAUCUCAAGGGGCAAGGAGCUAAUUUUUUCAGCAGGUUUGAGUGAGCAAUGCUGCUUCUUGAAGGGGGACUUCAUGAACAUGCCAAUAGCUGAUAACACCUUUGAUGCGGCCUAUGCAAUAGAGGCUACAUGUCAUGCACCAGAUGCGGUGUGCGUCUACAGUGAGGUCUACCGUGUGCUGAAACCUGGGCAGUAUUUUGCACUAGAUGAAUGGUGUUUGACCGACCGAUUUGAUCCGAACAACGCUAAGCAUUUGGCCAUCAAGGCUGAGAUUGAGCUUGGCGAUGGCCUGCCUGACAUCCGUACCACUCACCAGUGUGUCCAAGCUAUGAAAGAUGCAGGAUUCGAGGUCAUCUUCACAAGGGACCUUGCUGAAGAUUUUCCGUGCCCAUGGUACCAGAUGCUAGUUCCAAACGAUUUUUCAUGGAAAAGGUUCCGAUUGACACGUCUUGGACGCAUUGUGACCCGUGCAAUUAUCAGCACAUUGGAGUUCUUCCAUAUUGCCCCAGCAGGCAGCAUGGGAGUCUACAACUUCAUGCUGACGGCCUCUGAAGGCCUUCUAAAGGGUGGCCAGGAAGGGAUCUUCAGCCCCGCCUUUUUCGUCCUGGGCCGCAAGCCUCUCAAGGAGACUGAAAUAGUGAAGGGCAAUCUUUGAGUUGCAACAUAAAGUAUGGGGUUGUGCUUAAGAGCUAUGAAUAGUGGCCAACUUGUUCUGUACUGAGGUGUGGUUAAUCUUAUGGCUCUUGCACUGUGUGCUGGGUCGGUCAUCUUCCCGCACUAGCUUGUGUCAUGUACUAAUUCCUGAUGAACUAUCUUUUUUUUUUGCGAACACCUGAUGAACUAUCUGAAUAAAAUGCACUUAUGAGUUGCGUUAC